UACCAAAUACCUUCCAGUUGAGCAGGAGUCCUGCCAAGUGAGGGACAACCUCCUCCUCUCCUCCUCCUCCUCCUCCUCUUCCAGCGGCGACAAGUGCACAGAAUCGACGGAGGACAAUUGAGCAGAUUAUCUUCUCUACUUUCCCCGCUCUGCUUCCUGGACGGGUAACGAUCGGCGAGGUCUCGGCUCUCCGCACGCCGUUAUCGAGCGAGCCACGGCCGCCCUGAUUGCCGUCAAUAAGGACGGGUGGGUAGCGGGUGAUUUGGAAGUGGGGGUUCCCCGGCUGAUGAUGCCCUUUGCUGCGGGCUGGUGAGGAGCAGCACCGACCUCCGGCUUCCCUUCUAGCAACUUGUUGUUGUUGUUGUUGUUGAUGCGGAGGUGAUGGACGGUCUUCUCCGCCGCCCAGCGGGGAUCCUCGGCUCCCCCCCGGCUUCUGGGAGCCAGCCCGCGGGCUCCGACAUGCUCACCUCCGGCGGCGGCGGCAGCAGCAAGCCUCUCGCUUUCUCCAUCGACCGGAUUAUGGCCAGGACACCGGAGCCCAGGUCGAUACCGCUCCCCAGCUGGUUCCAGUCCGCUCCCGCGGGGAAACCCGACGCCUGUCCGUCCUCGCUGCAUUGUAUGAUCCCGCUGGUGCCGCUCGGGUACGAGCCGGGCCACCGGCUCAGCAUCGCCGGGCUGGAUUCGGGACACUUCGACGCGUCUUCUCUCGCCGCUCCCGCAGACUUUCUGGGCUUAGGGUUGAACUAUAAGAGCCAGCAGGAGGACUCCUCCGCUGGGAGCCACAGCGGCGGCCAGUAUAAACUCUUCCGACCCCGGGUGGUGAACCAGUCCUUCCCCGCCAUGGGCACCGUGUGCUACCUUAACUGCGGCGGGGACAGCGGCGCGUGUCCCCCGCCGGCCGGCCUGGUGAACCUGCACCCGAUGGCCUCGUACCUGCUCUCCGCUCGGCACAAAGCCUUCAUGGCGGAGAAAAGCAAGCCGGGCCUGCAGCCGGCCGGGGAGCGGUACCUGGGCUCCGGCGUGCAGGCCUUUAAGGAGCUGUCUCCGAGCCAGAUCCAGCACUACAUGAAGGAGCGAGACCACAUCCUCACCGAGAAGAUCUUCAAGGGCUCCGCGGCGGCGGCGGCCCGGCUCGGCGGCUCGUGUCCCGGCAACAAGCCCAAAGUCUUCACCUGCGAGGUCUGCGGCAAGGUGUUUAACGCACACUACAACCUGACCCGCCACAUGCCCGUGCACACCGGCGCGCGGCCGUUUGUGUGUAAAGUUUGCGGGAAAGGAUUCCGACAGGCGAGCACGCUGUGCCGGCACAAAAUCAUCCACACUCAGGAAAAACCACACAAGUGUAACCAGUGUGGGAAAGCCUUCAACCGCAGCUCCACCCUCAACACGCACACACGCAUCCACGCCGGGUACAAACCCUUCGUCUGCGAGUUUUGCGGGAAAGGAUUUCAUCAGAAGGGAAACUACAAGAACCACAAGCUGACGCACAGCGGCGAGAAGCAGUUCAAGUGUUCGAUCUGCAACAAGGCCUUCCACCAGGUGUAUAACCUCACCUUCCACAUGCACACGCACAACGACAAGAAGCCCUUCACCUGCCCCACCUGCGGCAAGGGCUUCUGCAGGAACUUUGACCUGAAGAAACACAUCAGGAAGCUGCACGACCUGGCCGGGCCGCAGUCGCCCCCGCAGGCUUGAGAGACGCUCCGCUCCGACCUGGACAAUGACUGUGUUCCUGGUUUUAUACAGCCGAUGCUCCUUUCCCUCCAUCCCGUCGCACCAAAAACUUACAUCAGGGUCCCCAUCAGGCCGGAAACUGAACUCAAGUCCUGAUAUGCCAGAUUUACGGAGCCCUGUAGGUGUUAGAGAGAAGAUUAUUCUCAUAUAUUAGGAACUUGUGCCCUGUAAAUGUUUGAUUAAUGUGCUUUGUUCCCCCCCAAAUUAAUCAAAAGACACAUCAGGGUCCCCCUCAGGCCUGAAACUGAACUUCCUUAUCCUUAUAUGCUAGAUUCACAGAGCCCUGUAGGUGUUAGGAAGAAGAUUAUUUUCAUAAAUUAGAAACUUGCCCUCAAAUGUCCAAUAAAUGUGCUUUG